GACUGACUCGGCGCGUGCACAUGUCCAUAAACCUGUUCAUGACCGUGUUCAUGCUCCUGCCUUGGAUCCUCUCGCUGCUGAGCCGAGCCAAUCAGCGGAGGGAACCGGUGAGAAAGCAGAGCCCAAACCGGUUUGGGAGUUUCCCGCCUCAAGUCGGUAUGUCGUUCAGCCGGUUUGCGGUGUGACGUUACCUGCAGAUAAAACGUCUACCCCUGUGAGUUCCUCCUGUGACUCGAGCUGAUCUGCUCCCGUGUUUCUGGGAAUCUGGUGUCUAUCCUCCGAAAGGUUCGGACAGGUGGACCAACACCUGGACAGGUCUUCGCUUUGAUGGCGGUGCUGUGGAUCAGUACGCUGUCCCUGCUGCACACGGCCCUCUGCUCCGCCGCCUUCGUGCGGCCUCCAGGAAAGUCCGUGCUAUUGGAUGAGCAGUCCGCAGCAUCCUUCCUGUCGCGCUCGCUGCUCUACAACCACUGGGACUUUGAGCUGGUGGUGCCAGGAAACCUGGAGAGGGAAUGUUUAGAGGAGGUGUGCAACUAUGAGGAGGCCAGAGAGGUGUUCAAGGAUGACACAAAGACGGCAGACUUUUGGAAGCACUACACCAGCACAGGAGACGCUACCCCCAACGUGGAUGUGUCCGUGCUGGUGGCAGGAAUCCUAGCAAUCGUAGUGAUUGCUGUCAUCGCCACCGUUCUGGGUGUCUACUUCUACAAAAAGAAGAAGAGCAGCAGGAGUCCGGGAAGAGCCAGAGCUCCAGUAAGAAUGGUAGGAGAUGGUGGUCCAGCUGCAGAGAUGGAUCCUCUGUUUGGGGUUGUUGUUCCACCUCCACCUCUACCGAGCUACAACGAUGCUUUGAACCAAAGUGGCCAGCACGAUGCGCCACCCCCACCAUAUACAGGGGAGGCGCCAUCAGCACCUGCGGAUCCGGGAGAACACUAAGGCAGGAGGAAAAGCCGGUUGUUUGUACCUGGUGGUGCUCCAGUGAACUUUGUGUUGUUGCUCUUCUAUUCAUGACCUUGUAUUUAUGAGGGAGGUGUGAACACGAACCCUGAUGGGUUCUGCAGGUCCUGUCCUGUCCUCUGCAGGUGUGAUGCUUUCUGAGGGUGGGGUUCGGGUCCUGCUCGGUUCUGCUCAUCCAUCAGUGUUCUGUGUAAAGUAACCAGAAGCAGAAACGUGACCACCAAGUUUAACAGAAUACGAGUUCCUGUAGGAAAAUGUUUUAUACAAUAAAUGAUUCUGAACCUGA